CUUCGCGAUCAGUCGGUCUGUAGCGUGCCUUAGCUGUGCACUAAACGGGGCACGUAGGUACCCAACUGUACUGUGUGUGGUCUCGUAAUUAUUACCGCGACGAUUUGAGUAUAAACCUCUGGAGAUUUAACGAAAAAAUAAUUUAUAAAGUUGGUGUAAAAAUAUAAUAAAAAAUUUGUGUUUUUGACAAAAGUGUUUAGUGUCGAGUGAAUUUUCAAAAAAGGAACAGAAUUUAGAGUGGUGGUACAAUGAAGACCCGGCUGAGCGCGGUGCAGUGGCCCCUGAGGAUUCUCCAAGUCCGCCACAUCGCCACCAGCGCAGUCUCUCACCAAGCUGAUGGCGGGGAUAUAGGAGGUAUCCCUCGCUCGUGUCCUGCGCACGGGCAACGCUUACGAUCGACGCAUGCGGCGCUCGACACGUCAGUGUUCGAUACCGUUCCCACGGCCAGACCCUGGGAGGAUGUUCCGGGACCAAAGCCUUUGCCACUGCUUGGUAACACUUGGAGAUUUGCGCCUUAUAUCGGUAACUAUUCCGUAGAGCACGUAGACAAAGUGUGUCUCUCUCUCCGGGAGCAAUACGGCAACUGUGUGAAGAUUGCCGGUCUUCUCGGUAGACCAGACAUGCUGUUCGUGUUUGAUGCCAGCGAGGUGGAACGCGUCUUCAGAAUCGAAGACGCCGCGCCCCACAGACCUUCAAUGCCAUCGUUGAAUUACUACAAGCAUGUGUUGCGAAAGUCGUUUUUUGAUGCCGAGGAAAAUUGUGCCGGGGUCAUAGCAGUUCAUGGCGCCUCCUGGGCAGGUUUCAGAACAAAAGUAUCUAAAGUGGCUUUAAGCACAAGCGCUGCAGCCCAAUAUACGCUGCCGGUGGCUGAAGUAGCGGAUUGUUUUGUCAAUAGGAUACGAGACAUUCGAAAUGCAGAUUUGGAGACUCCCGACGAUUUUCUUAAUGAAGUUCACAAAUGGUCUUUGGAAUCUCUUGGUCUUAUAGCGCUGGACACGAGACUAGGAUGCUUCGAAGCCAACGAGGGUUCAGAGAGCCAGCGGCUUAUAGAUGCCGUCAACACAUUCUUCCUAUGUGUCGGACAGCUGGAGCUGAAAGCACCAUGGUGGAGAAUAUACCCCACCGCUAUGUUUAAACGAUAUGUCGCUUCUCUCGAUACUAUUCUCAGUGUAACUCUAAGCCACGUAGAGCGAGCAUUGGAAGAGAUUGAGCGAGGCAGCGGCAGCCAGUCCCUGCUGCAGGACUUGGUGGCGGCUGCGGGGGGCAAGGUGGCGGCCGUCGCGGCCCUUGACAUGUUCCUUGUGGGAAUAGACACGACUUCAAACGCAGUUGCAUCUAUUCUAUAUCAAUUGUCAUUACGUCCCGAAGUACAAGAAAAACUGUAUGAAGAAAUAAAUAGGGUUUUACAAGGAAAACCCCUGAAACCGGGUGACAUAAACCAGAUGCCCUAUUUAAAAGCCUGUGUAAAAGAAGUGUUAAGAAUGUAUCCAGUUGUGAUUGGCAACGGACGUCAACUUACCAAAGAUACUGUUAUUUGUGGUUAUAAUAUACCCAAAGGCACCCAAGUGAUAUUCCAGCACUACGUAAUGGGCAAUUCUGACCAGUAUUUCUCUGAAGCAGCGGAAUUUAAACCGGAGCGGUGGUUGAGACGCUCGUCUGUGCUGAACCACCACCCUUUCGCUUCCCUUCCGUUUGGUUUCGGCAAGAGAAUGUGCCUGGGCAGGCGAUUUGCUGAGCUGGAGAUCCACACUGUGAUAGCUAAGAUGGUGCAAGCGUUCAAAAUGGAGUAUCACCAAGAACCUUUGGAUUACCACGUCCAUCCCAUGUACACGCCUAAUGGUCCAAUUCGUCUAAAGCUCAUUGAACGAUAGACAGACGACUACACUUAGAUUAAAUUUUGUAUAAAAUAUUAUUUUGUGAGAUUGGGCCCGACAUGUUUGUGGCAUUCACGAACUUGGACGCUUGCGAAUACGCGGAAAAAUGAAAAGAGGAAUCUCCCUGGCUUUUGCCCAGCAGUGGGAUCUUGUAGGCUAGAUUAGAUUAUUUUGUAAGUUACUGUACCAUGUAAGUCAAGUACGUCGUCGAAUAAAGACUUUAUUAUAUUUAGGCACAAGUUGUAUUUAACUUUUAUGGACACUAUGACACUUGGGGUAGGAUACGACCACGGCUAUAGACGUAAUGUCUUUCUUCUUCUCUCGUGUGCGUUAUUAGGUGGAUUACUAACCUCUUCAACUCUGCAACCUUGCAGACUCUGCACGGUAUCCGCUCCGCGCGCUGCGCGAAUCAUAUCCAGGGAUUCGGCCAAUAGACGGAGCGAAUGCUAUCUAAGUGGAUAGAAGUCGUACGACUAUUGAUCGGAGGCCUCGAUAUAAUUCGCGCCGCGCGCGUUGCGGGUGCCGUGCCGCGAGGGCUGGUAGUGUCCUUGAAAGUGACUAUUUAUUUAUUUGUUUAAAGUGUUUUGAAUGAUAUUAAAUUAGAUAAUCGGUACCAAUGUAUGAGUCUAUUAAAAGUGUACUCAACUUUUUUGAAUUAAUUAUAAACUCAUAAUUUAAGAUGUUCAAUAAAUAUUUGAUAAGGACUUCA